CACGUGUACCUUAUUCAAGUGUUGCGCUUGUUUGGCUUUCAAAGGUUUUCGCGCGCGUAUUCAUUCAUUCUUGGAUACCCUAGGACCAAUUAGGAUCCUCUAACUCUUCGGGGUGCUUGGAUUUAUGUCUGUUUUUCUAGUGAUUUUGUGGUGAAAAAUGAGACAAAUUUGAAUUUGAUGUAAGAUUAUUAUUAAGGAUGAUCACUAGUGAAUUGUGAGAAUAGCUAUCAAGCCGGUACAGUAGUGAGGGAAAAUAAGACAAGACGAAGAAGAAGGGUCGAGAAUCGGGCGAUCCUUUGCCAUAGUCCCCGAGGCAAGGACGCCUUGGACGAAUGAAAGAGAAGAAGAGAUAACGCAAAGGGAAGAAGAUCCAGGUGUGCUUCUUCAAGAUCUUUUACAAUUAUCCGGUCGACAACCUUAUCUUUGUGUGUAUACAUGUGUUACAUCAACAAGUAAAAAAAUUAUCAAAACGAAUAGAUGAACAAAAAAGAAAGGAAAUUUGUCAAAUUAUUUUGGUUUUUUUUUUUUGCUUUAACGAAUCAUUGAAGACUACAUCAGAAACUAUCGUCGAUUAUAGGUUAAUCUGAGUCACUCUCUCUUCGUCAAACCCUCGAGGCGUACUGCCAAUGUGCGGUAAUACGAGAAAAGUAUAAGCAACACAUCAGGUCGUGGGAGCCUGCGAUUUUCCAUGCACAUGCUCACGUCGCGUUGGAUGCAUCGCCCUACCGGCAUCUUGGCCGCGCCUCGACCGGCCUCGAGUAGAUCACGACAGAUUCUACGAAUUAUCCAACUUGAUUAUUUAUCAUUUCAUCCAUCAAUUACAUCGUCUAAUGAAUAAAAUAAUUGUGUGUUGUUUCAAAAAACAAGUGUUUCCAAAAAAUUCGCACGUGAAUAUGUCACGUGCGGAUUAUUUAGUUUAAUUGCUUGUUACUUAUUUUUUUACUUCUAAAGUUGAAAGGAGAGUAUCCUUAAACGUUCAUCAAUUAUACCACUCUGGAAGAAUUUCUCGUCCAUCUUUUGGCCGUUUUAUUGUGUAGUGAAAAAGUGUCGCACUUGUCUCAAGGGAUAAUUAAACGUGUUUUUCAGCUGAACCAGGAGGACAAAACUGUUGGCUUAAGUGCGAAAAUAAGGAACAACAGUGCAAUUAAAUGAUUAAAGGUGUGUGCAAGUAGUCCAGACGAAUUACACGAAAGUAACGGAGUUAAAUAAAAGAGCGUGUGACUACCACCUGUCGCAGGAUAAAUAUCAUAAAACCUUGUGCUAUUAUUAAAGGUUAUAAAUAUAACUAUAGUGACGAUUUAAAAGAACAAGGAUUUAUAUGGUGUUUGCAUUUAUACUCCAGUGUUUAUAUAUUUGAGUAUUUCGUUAAUACAUCGGAAGCAUCAUCAAGUGAGAACUAGUGGAAUUAAUAAUUUUUAGUGAUUUAUAUUGAAUGAAAAUUCAAUGAAUCAGUCUUGUGAUUAUUGAAUGUGGAUUUGAUAGUGUGUGUAACGAGGAAAUAAAUCAAGAAAGUGGAUGGUGAUCGGUAUUUACCGUACAGUUUCGUCAUACUGUGAAAGAGUGCACGAUAAAAUAAAAGGAUAUCUUUAAUUACCAAUAACCAAGAGAUUUAUCGUGGAAUAUCAAGGAGAUACAGCGAUUUUAAUAAUUAUUUAGUGUGACAAGUUGGCUGAAAAAAUAGCCUGUGAGGAGGUAAGACGAGUGUGGUGAUGCGGUAGUUGGGGGAUUCACGAGGGAAGCCAUGAGGGCUGCCGCUGCUUACGUCCUGUUUUUUGCCCACCUCAUACAGGCGACAACCGGUAGCGGGUAUUUUGAAGUGCAGAUACUGUCAUUAACGAACAACAGAGGCACACUGGUUGAUGGACGUUGUUGCGGCGGAGGAAAUAACUCAGGGACAAAGGGUAACUACCCUCCUUGCUCCCAAAGUUGCACCACUGCCUUUUGGUUGUGUCUGAAGGAGUAUCAGUCAAAUGUCACUGCCAUUGGCUCAUGUAGCUUUGGCAACAUAUCUAGUCAGGUGCUCGGACAAAAUACAUUUACCCUUAUCGAGCCCGUCACUCUUCAGCUCCACUUCACAUUCAGAUGGACGAGGCAAUUCACGCUAAUUCUUCAAGCACGCGACGAGCCCUAUGGAGGAGUAAUCGAAGAGGCCAGUUAUAGUGGGAUCGUUCUUCCUGGUGCUACGUGGCACACUUUAAAUCAUCAGGGCCGAAAUGCCCAUCUUACUUAUCGAUUAAGGGUUCAAUGUGCCGAUCAUUAUUAUAAUGCGACUUGCACGAAAUUCUGCCGGCCAAGAGACGACAUAUUCGGCCACUACACUUGUGACGAAAAUGGUGAUAAAGUCUGCAUACAUGGGUGGAAAGGAGCAGAUUGUGAAACAGCGGUUUGCAAAGAGGGUUGUCAUCCAAUUCAUGGCCACUGUAAUGUAAGCGGCGAAUGCAAGUGUCGUCAUGGCUGGCGUGGAGAAUUGUGCGAUCAAUGUACACCUUAUCCAGGCUGCAAACAUGGAUACUGUAAUGGAUCAAGUUGGCAAUGUAUUUGCGACACAAACUGGGGUGGAAUACUUUGUGAUCAAGAUCUCAAUUAUUGUGGUACCCAUGAACCUUGUCAGAAUGGUGGGACUUGUGAAAAUACAGCACCUGAUCAAUAUAGAUGUACAUGUCCUGAGGGUUUUUCAGGGCCAACUUGUGAAAAAGUUGAUAAUCCUUGUGCUGCAAAUCCAUGUUUAAAUGGUGCUACAUGUCGAGAACUUGGUGAAUCAGCAGAAUGUGAGUGUGCUCCAGGAUUUUCUGGGCCUUAUUGUGCAAUUGAUGUUGAUGAAUGCGCAUCUCAACCAUGUCAAAAUGGUGGUACAUGUAUAGAUGGAAAGAACGAAUUUAUUUGUAAUUGUCCCCCAGCUUGGCAAGGUACACUUUGUCAAUUUGACGUUGACGAGUGUAAUCUUAAAGAAUCACCGUGCAAAAAUUCCAUAAGCUGUGUCAACCUUGCUGGAGAUUACAGAUGUCGAUGUCGAAGUGGAUUUACUGGCAAGAAUUGCACAAAGAAUAUUGAUGACUGCAUCGGCCAAUGCCAACAUGGAGCUCUUUGUAUUGAUCUAGUAAAUGAUUACCAUUGUUCAUGCAAUCCUGGAUAUUCAGGAAAGGAUUGUGACGUUGACAUUGAUGAGUGUGCAUCAAAACCUUGUCAAAAUGGUGGUGAAUGUAGAGAUCUCGUAAACACUUAUGAAUGUGUUUGUCCAGUAGGCUAUACUGGAUAUCAAUGUGAAAUUGAUAAAGAUCAUUGCAGUCCAAAUCCUUGUAAAAAUUCAGCACCGUGCUUUAAUACUCAAACAGAUUAUUAUUGUCAUUGUCCCGCACAAUGGCAAGGUAAAAACUGCUCUGAAUCAGCUGUACACAAUCCUCAGAUCCGUCUAGAUGAUGGAAGUCCAGGAUGUGGGAGUGAAGGAACGCCUUGCGGUGGACGUGGGAGAUGUAACGGAGGAAUUUGCAUUUGUGAUCCUGGAUAUACUGGUCAGCGCUGCCAAGAGAAUAUUAACGACUGCCGUGGGAAUCCAUGUCUCAAUGGUGGGACUUGCGUUGAUCUUAUUAACUCAUUCCAGUGCAUUUGCCAAGAAGGCUGGACUGGUGACCUUUGCGAUGAAGACGUUGACGAAUGCACGAACUCGCCUUGUCGCAACAACGGAACCUGCAUCGAUGGAGUCGCCGACUUUACGUGCGAAUGUCGAGGCGGAUGGAAAGGCAAGACUUGUACUUUAAGAGGUGGUCAUUGUGAGCCUGGAACUUGUAGACACGGUGGUACAUGUCAAGAUCGCGGUGACGGAUUUACGUGUCACUGUCCUCUAGGUUGGGAGGGUGCAGCCUGUCACAUAGCAUCACCCGCUUGUGCAAGUAGUCCAUGUGAAAACGGUGCAACCUGUGUGAAUACUGCUGACGGAGGAUACCGUUGCAUCUGUAGAGAGGGAUUUGAAGGCCCAAACUGUCGAAAAGAUGUUGAUGAUUGUCAACCACUUCCUUGUUUGAAUGGUGGAAGAUGUGUCGAUGGAAUCAACUGGUUCAGAUGUGAAUGUGCUCCUGGGUUCACUGGACCAGAUUGUCGCAUCAACGUUAAUGAAUGUGCAAGUGAUCCUUGCAUGGCUGGUGCAGUUUGUAUUGAUGGAAUAGCAAGUUAUUCAUGUAUUUGUCCACCUGGACGAACAGGAGUUCAUUGUGAAAUACGAAUGGCAAACGGUGCUGGCUGUGUCACAUCAACAUGGGAUAAUGAUUGCAACGUAUGCGAAUGCAGAAAUGGCAAAAAUCAAUGUAGUAACGUUUGGUGUGGUCAAGGAAACUGUUUGAAUGGAACAUCAUGUUUAGCGCAUGAAGUAUGCGUUCCUUCUCCCGGUGAAAGCUGUCUUGCUCCACCCUGUUCACCUUGGGGUGAAUGUCGACCGAUAGAAACUGGAAGAAGAGUCGGACCUCCAGCUCUUCCAGCCCCAUUAACCUGCUGGCCUGGUCAAGCACUCCCAGGCCCAACUUGUUCAAGACUAACUAUACUGUUAAGAAGAGACACAUUGGCUUCUGGAACAUCUGUAGAGCUUCUUUGUAGACAAUUACGAAGGUUAUUAGCAGAUCCAAGGCGACCUCAAUCAGUUGUUCUCUUAUGUGACCUAAAACCUGUAGAUAAUGACACUGUCGAAGUAACGAUAUUCUCAGAAGCCGCAAUAGAUGCCGCAAGAGACCUUGGAGAAGCUCUAAGUCGACCUCUCAGCAGGCCUCUGGCUUUGGCCUCUAUACUUGAAGUCAAAGUCGAGACGGCUUUACUAACUGACCCCAUUACGGGUUCAAAUAAUGCUGGAGGCAGUGGAUAUGUUGCUGUUCUUGGUGGAUUGCUAGCAACAGUUCUCAUUCUUGCUCUACUGGGUGGUCUGUGGUACCUUAGAUCAAGACAAAGAUCAGGAUUAACAGCCACUACAAGCAGCGAAACGUCGUUACAUCGUCAUCGUAGUGAUCUUGAUGAGAAAUCUAAUAAUCUCCAGAAUGAAGAAAACCUCAGAAGGUACGCGAAUCCAUUAAAAGAUCAAGAUUCUAGUGAACCAAGAGUUUCCAUAGUAAGGCCACUAUCAGGAAUGUCUUUAGGAACGCUUGGAACAACUGAAGAAAGCUUAGAGAUGGUUGCCGAAGAGGGAAGACAUCGACUUCCACCUCUUUAUAAACCCACAAGUGCUGAAGCAAGAAAUAAUACAGCAAGUUUUUCAUAUGAAGAAAGUCUUCAUAAACCUUACAGUAAACCUCGUCUUCAGGAACCUGGGUACUCACAUCAACAACCCGGAACGAGUGCUCAACUCGCUCCACGUCAGGUGCUAACUGUACAUGUUUAAUCCAAGAUUUUUAAUUCAUAACCCAUCACCAUGGGUCUUGUGAUUUUUGUUAAUAUUAUAUUUCUCGUGUUAAUAAUGUUUAUGUGAAUACUGCGAGAGAGUUAUGCUAUGAGUGAUAGAGGAUGCUGUAGUCGAAUGGCCGGAUCCAUAGUCGCUCCUCUUAAAAAGUUAUUUUGAAUUUCUUUUUAUUCUGAAGGUACGACUGUAAAUACGGCCAUAAUUUAUAGAUUAUAAUUCACUGAGACAAAAAUUCUUUUCAAUUUUAGUUAUAAGAUAUUAAAUAAAUUACAAUAUUGACAAAUAGUUAUCAGUAAAUUGACUUAACAAUUAAAAAUUAAAUUAUGAAUAUUCGAUUUUUUUACAUUAAUACAAAUAAACAUUUUUUUCUCAGUGUUCAAAGGUAAAAUAAUAAAGAGAAAUAUAUAUAUACAUGAAAAAAAAAAGAGAGAAAGUGAGUGAGAAAAAAUUAUAUAUAAAAUAUAAAAGCUGGAUGAUGUUGAAGACAAAGAAAAUAAUGAAAUAAAAUAAGACAGCAUGCAUUUUUUUAUAUACAGCCUCGUCCGAGCUGGCUUGUCAUGGGUUUGCAAUAACAGACAGACAAUCCCGUUGCCGCGUGCCUGUCGUGUUUGCUUCGUACUCUAAGCACACUACGAUCCAGUCUGACACUUUGCUUUAAAAUUCUCCGGGUCAGAGAUGAUACGCCCAGCCAGGCGACGUGUUCCGCCGUGGGGUGUAAUAAUCCCUCCCAAUAAACCUUUAAAACGUGACAAUAAAUCACUCACGAUUAUAAUUAAUGAUAAUGAUAACGUAAAAUUGUUAUCGUUGUACAUAUGUACAUAUUCUGUACUUAUUAAUUUUACUAAGCCUGGAAUUGUCUUCCUGGAAGUCUCCAACAACAGCCUUAACUAUUUUCAAUUCUAAUUAUAGUUCUUUUUACUGUAAUUUCCUCUAUCAUUGAAACAAAUUACUAUUUCUACAUGCAAAUUUUUUAAUUUUAUUAUAAAAAAUUCAGUUAAUAUUUUUUGACGCUUUUUUUUUAAAUAGAUUGAUUGACAAUUGUUUUUAACUAUGAAAAAUAAUUAUAUUGUUCAUUAAAUUAAGAAAAAAGUUUUGUUGAAAUAUUUUUUUUUGUUUAAAAAUAAUUUUUUUUUCUCAUUCCAUCAACGUUAUUGAACAUAAUCAUAAUUGUCACUAAUUUCUAAUAAUAUAAGCUCGAUGUAACGUAGCUUGGAUUGUGAUAAAUCAUCUUACAAUCAGAAAUGUACAUCAUGAAGCUAAUGUCUAAUGAUAAUAAUACUGUUCGGUACAUUCCCCCAGACAACAUUGUGAUAAUCAUGUAUGAAGAGACAUUUUACUGUAAAACCGCACGUACUAGUAUAUUAUAAUUUUACAAUAUUUUUGUCGUUUUUUAUAUUCUGUACUUUGUUUUUACUGUGUUUUUAUUGUUUAAUUAAAUGAAUUUCGUACGAAAUAUAGCUGAAUAAUGAUAAAAAUAGCACAUAAAGGAAGAUUAUUUUUACUGUAUGAUAUACAUAAUAUUCAGUUAAAGAAUCAAUACGUGAUGAUGAAAUACUCAUAAAAUAUGACAAAUUUUAUGCAAAUGAUUGUGAGGAUGUAGCCAAGAAUCGUAAGAAAAUGACGGUAUCACUAGUAAUGUAAAUUAAAGUAAACCAUAACAAUAUUAAAAUAAAAAAAAGAAAAAUUAGAAGUGAUGAUAUAAAUAUUUUUAUGAUUUUAUAAAUUAUCGAAUCAUCGUAUUAUAUCAAUUAAAUUGUAUAUAAAACCAUAUCACUAUGAUCUUUUUAUAAUCAACGUGCAAUUGUAUGUAUUAAAUAUUUCAUCGACGCUUAGCGAAAUCCAUUAGAGAAUUCCGUCAUUAUCACACAUUUAUAUUAGUUUUUAAUGACCCCAUAGAUCAUAUAAUUCAUAAGUUUUCUCAACACAAGAAGGAAAUACAGAUUUUAUGUCAUAGUUUUUUGAU